AUUGUUAAUUGUUAAUUCCUUGAUAGAAAUAUUCUUAUUUCAGUUUCAAACGUUUUUUAAUAAAUAAUUUGAAAUAUGGAUUGCGACGAAGGAACCUCUUCCUGUAGUGAUGUGAUUGAAGAUAAAACUGAAUAUGAAUCUUUUAAAUGUCCAGUUUGUCUCAUAGUGUUGGGUAUGGCUGGUUCAGGAAAAACCACAUUUGUUUCAAAACUCAAUUCAUACCUAAAGCAAUACAAAAGAGCUCCAUAUUUGAUAAAUCUUGAUCCAGCUUGUAAAAACAUGCCAUACACACCAAAUAUAGAUAUUAGAGAUUCUGUCAAGUACAAACAAGUUAUGAAGAAUUACAGUUUGGGUCCUAAUGGCGCUAUUGUAACUGCACUAAAUUUAUAUACCACAAAAUUUCAUCAGUUAAUGGACCUCCUAGGAAAAAUAAAUGUUGAAGGUAGUCAUGAUAUAGCUGUCAUAGACACACCUGGACAAAUUGAAGUUUUUACAUGGUCAGCAUCAGGUCAAAUACUUACUGAAAGUCUUGCAUCAACAUUCCCAACAAUUGUGGUUUAUGUUAUGGAUCUAGAAAGAAGUACUAGUCCAAUAACAUUUAUGUCAAACAUGCUAUAUGCAUGUUCUGUAUUAUACAAAACCAAACUACCAUUUAUUGUAGUUUUGAAUAAGUGUGAUAUUGUAGAUCCAGCUUAUGCAAUUGAAUGGAUGCAAGAUUUUGAAGCAUUUUGUGAUGCUGUAGAAAAUGAAUCAUCAUAUAUGUCAAAUUUGACUCGUACUAUGGCAUUAACUUUAGAUGAAUUUUAUAAUGAACUAAAAUGUGUGCCAGUAUCUUCAUUGACUGGCCAUAAUUUUGAUGAAUUUUUUAAAAUGGUUGAUGCAGCAACUGAUGAGUUUCAAAAAGAAUAUCGUGUUGAAUGGGAUAAAUUGCGUAAAGAAAAAUUGCAAACUGAAAUUUCUCAACUUAACAAAAAAUUGAAUGAUUUAGCUGUUAGUAGUGGCAAAGGAGAAGAUGUACCUUUAUUCACCUCAUUAAGUGCUGGUCGUGAGAUUUCUGAUAUCUAUCUAGCACCAAAUGCUGAUGAAAUGUCAGGCGACAGUGAAGGAGAAGAAGUGCCUACUUUUAAUGCUAAUGAUUGAACAAUUUAAAAAGGUUCCUUUUGAAAAACAAUUAU